AUAUUAAUGCAAAAGUGCCAUAGUAAGGACAUGAAAAUCCUGGGGAAAUACUAUAUUGCUGCAUCCUAUGUAAAGUAUCUGGAGUCUGCAGGCGCGAGAGUUGUACCAAUAAGGCUUGAUCUUAAAGCUGAAGAAUAUCAAAAACUUUUCCAGUCUAUUAAUGGGGUCCUUUUCCCAGGAGGAAGCGUUAACCUCAAGAAGUCAGGUUACGCCCAGGUGGCCAGAAUAUUUUACAAGUUGGCCAUACAGAGUUUUGAUGAUGGAGACUAUUUUCCCGUGUGGGGCACAUGCCUUGGAUUUGAAGAGCUCGCCUAUCUGAUCAGUGGAGAGUGCUUGUUAACGCUCACGGAUACUGUUGGAGUUAAAAUGGCGCUGAACUUCACCGCAGGUAUAUUGCACAGCAGAAUGUUCCAGAAUUUUCCUGCCAACUUGCUGCUGUCAUUAGCAAAAGAACCUCUGACUGCAAACUUCCACAAGUGGAGCCUCUCCGUGAAGAAUUUUACGAUGAAUGAAAAGUUGAAGAAGUUUUUCAACGUAUUAACUACAAAUACAGAUGGCAAGAUUGAGUUUGUUUCAACAAUGGAAGGAUACCAGUAUCCAGUAUAUGGCGUCCAGUGGCAUCCAGAGAAAUCUCCUUAUGAGUGGGGAAAAUUUAGAGGCAUUUCUCAUACAUCUAAUGCUGUGAAGGCUGCAUUUUACUUAGCAGAGUUCUUCGUGGCUGAAGCUCGGAAAAACAAUCAUCAUUUUGAAUCCGAUGUUGAAGAAGGCAAAGCACUAAUUUAUCAGUUCAGUCCAGUUUAUACUGGGAAUAUUUCUUCAUUUCAACAAACUUAUAUAUUUGAUUGAAAGCCUUUGAUGUGUUAACAGGAAUUUUGAUUAAUUCCAUGAUUAAAUUGUUAAAAUAAUUUGCUAUAUAUGGCAAAAAUAGAAAGUCACAGAGAUUCCUUUUCUAUGUGUUACUGGCUCUGAUCCUUCAUUCGGUUUAUUUGACUAUUUAUAUCACAUUUGAUAGUCAGUGAGACAAAUGAUCAUAGUGUAUUUCACAGAAAAACUUUUAUGUGAGGUUUUGACAAAAUAAAUAUUGAAAUUACA